ACUAUCUAGUUGCUAAUAUUUGACUGUGAAUUUGCCUCUGAAAACAUGGAGAUAAUGCACUCUGGGCCCCCAUUAAACCCUGAAGCAUACCACACUUUUCAUACACAUACACAAAUUUGUACAUUUUAUUUUAGUUAUAACCAUGCUAUGCGCCUAGGCGAUCAUAAUAAUAUUUCUUUCUUCUUCUUUAUGUGCUUUUCUUCUUUUUCUUUUUUUAAUUAGCUGUUGCGCUGGGAUCAAGAAAAGCUCAAAAAGAAGAAUUCCACCGACGACACAAGACUAUCAAUAUCAAAGGUCCCAAUAUAUUCCAUUACCUCCCUUUUUAUUAACUAGAACCAAACAAUUUAAUUCCGCCAAGAAAAUCAGUUAAUAGAAAUGGGAAAUUGCUUGUUAGGAGGAGUUGGAGAUGGAAAUGAAGAUAUGGUGAAAGUGGUAACAUCCACUGGUGGAAUCAUGGAGUUCGUUGCUCCCAUUUCAGUGGAGUUCAUCACUGAAGAAUUUCCGGGACACGGUAUUUUUAAAAGCCAUGAUCUUUUUUGGAAACCACUGCCAUCACAGGAAUUGCUAGUAGCAGGACAGUCAUAUUAUCUACUGCCGCUCAACCAAGAACAAAGUAGCAAUAUUAUUAGUACUGAUAAGGAUAUUGAUUAUAAUGUUAUGACCAAGAUAGAAAUAGGACAUGUAAGAUCAAACAGCGUGCCACUUCCUCCACAAGUCCAAAAUCUAGUGGUUGCGCCUUAUAGAAUGUCAUUCGAUAGCCAAGGAUUACUAAAAAGGUCUUACACUGAAGCACUGUAUCGAUACAACAACAGCAAUAGCAAUAGCCGAAGUCAGAGGCAGAGCAAGAAGAAGAAGAACGGCGGCUUUUGGAAAGUGAAAUUGGUCAUAAGUCCAGAACAACUAUUGGAGAUUUUGUCACAGGAGACAGCCACACAAGAGUUGAUUGAGAGUGUGAGAACUGUGGCCAAAUGCGGCAAAAGUGGAACCAACUCCUCCUCCUCCUCAGUCAACUCCGUUGGAUUUUCCGAUUCGUGGAGUCUUUCGAGUAGUAGAAACGCUUCCUCCUACAAAGAUGCCUUAUUUUCUUUAGAUUAGAGCCUAGAGCACUGCUUUUUUUUUUUUUUUUUUUUUUUUGUGGUGGUUCAUCUUUCGUACUCGUAUCUGUUUUACUGUGUUCUGUUUCAGUAUCCUCAAUGUGCAUAUAUUAUCAAGUCAUGUUUCAUCAGUGUUUUUUGGUAAUUGUCUAUGAAUUAAGAUAAAAUACAAGAAAAAUGUAGAUGGCAAACUGCAAAUUGCAUGUAUGCAAGCUAGACCAGAUUCACUUUUCAUAUUCAUCUUGUAAUUUCUGGGAAGUAAAAGAAGAACCAGUUAAGUGCUAAAGUUAGUAGAGCUAGGUAGAUGAUCAUUAGAUUGUUC